GGUCGGCCGUGGCUGAGGCGGCGGCGGCUGAGUCACGGCUGGGGCUGAGGCGUUUGGGCCGCCUCGUCAGUCGCCGCCGCCGUCGCCGCUCGGGGCGGGGGAGGGGAUGAGGCAGCGGGCGACGGACGGGCGGACCCUGCGGCUGCGACACUGAGGCGGCGCCGGGCCCGGGCCUGGCCUGUCGCCCGCCGGCACCAUGAUGGAGGAGAUGGACCGCUUCCAGGUGCCCGCCGUGCGCGCAGAGAUGCAGCCGCUGGACCCAACGGCAGCGUCCAUCUCUGACAGGGACUGUGAUACACGAGAGGGAGAGACUGUAGCUAUGAAUUACAAACCAUCCCCACUACAAGUCAAGCUAGAGAAACAGAGAGAGUUGGCUCGUAAGGGAUCUCUGAAAAAUGGGAACAUGGGCAGUCCGGUAAAUCAACAGCCCAAGAAGAACAACGUGAUGGCACGAACAAGGCUGGUUGUUCCCAAUAAAGGCUAUUCCUCCUUAGACCAGAGUCCUGACGAGAAGCCGUUGGUAGCGCUGGACACUGACAGUGACGAUGACUUUGAUAUGUCCAGAUAUUCCUCCUCGGGAUAUUCCUCAGCGGAGCAGAUCAACCAGGACUUGAACAUCCAACUGCUAAAGGACGGGUAUCGAUUAGACGAGAUCCCGGACGACGAGGACCUCGACCUGAUCCCCCCGAAGUCGGUCAACCCCACUUGCAUGUGCUGUCAAGCCACCUCCUCCACUGCCUGCCACAUCCAGUAAACGAGGAAAGCCCUGGGGAAGGGGCGAUCAGCGCUUUCCGCUAUAACUGUAAAACUUAACAGCCAUUGCUUCCUCCUAUGGUAGGACGUGCACCUCUUUGUGUUAAUGGAGCCAGGAGAAACCAAAAACAAACAAGCGAAAGAUUAAUUUUACGAUCCUCUCCUCAUUUUCAUUUGAGCCUAGCAUAAGCAAACUCUGAAGCGCCGGGUGCACGUCUCUGGUCUGGAAGGCUGAUCUGGAUCCCUUUGGACCUGGACAGGUGUCGGAAGGUUCACAGGUGGGGUCUAGGUGUGGUAACCGGUUGAGGCAGCUUCCGAGAGCCCUGCUGGGUCGUGCUUUUAUCCAGGUGUGGGAGCGGGGAGGCGAGGUCUCUGGCUUGGGAAGGGACUAUCGGGAUGAAAUUUAUUCUGGAGGAACCGCUGCUUCUGUGCUGACGCCGACUGGCUCCAAGCAGGGAGGUUAAGUACAGUGUUUCUUGAUAAGGCCAAGACAAAUUCGUGGUUUAAAAAAAAAAAUUACAGGCUGCAUGCAGAUGAAACACAAGGGGCACUUGGAACUUGCUUCACGCUAAACAGUGUGAGAUGGAUAACGACACUCUGCACGCUCUCACAAGAGAACAGCCUACCCAUUCUUUUUUCCCCAAAAAAGUCCAGUCUUGACAUUUGCAUUGGAGACACCUUGCCUGUCUUAAGAUAGCAAAAGCCACUCGGUCUGUACCAGGGUCAGAAUGUGCAGUCUGGUUCCCACAAACAGGAGUCAGUGAGAAACAUUCGUAUGUCUGUGACAAAGCUGAAAAUUCUGUACCCGCAAUGCUUUCGUGCCAAGAGAAGAGUCGCUCUGCAUCUGGCUUGGGGGUCCCCCUCCCUCAUCUAGCUCCCGAGAGGCCUCUGCCCUGGCCAUUGUCUUGGCUUGUGUGGGCCCUUCUAUCCCAGCGGCUGCAAAAGCAGCCAUAUUUCUGCCGAGGGCUCCGUCUCUUCAAAAAUGAGGGUAUGGGAAGUUAGGGUUCCACUCGCUCAUCCCGCAACAUGUUAGCAGUUGGGUUUCGUUCUUAGCUUUUCUGUGUCCCAGGAGUCCUGUUGCCAGUUCAGAGUCUUGCGCGUGAUGUCCCGUGAAAUGGAGCUGCUUCCCCCAGGAGGAAGCAGCUGUCGAGCAAAAUUCUGUGCCUGUUUUCCUGUCUGACAUCAUUAGCCUGCUGCUGACACGGAGCUGUGGGUGAGCCACGUGCUGAUGAUGAGGGAUGAUGAUGAGGGCGGCAUCUCGCAGAGGGGAAAUGGACAGAGGUCUUGCCUCUGCCCGGCAUUAUUUUGCUUGUGUUGAGCUUUUUUGCGCACCGCUUGUUCAUUUUUCGGGACAUUUUGCGCACUGCUUGUUCAUUUUCCAGGACAAUUCCGGGACAUUUUCUGUGCAGGGUUGUGCCGAAGGGGCAGCCCUCCUGCUUUCCCGGCCGUGGCAAGCAGCCGGCCCUCAUUUUAAAUUGUAAAAGGUGGUUGAAAGUUUGUUCUAGUAACUCCACAAGUUCUUUUUUUAAAAGGUUAAAAUCAAAUUAUGCGUGUCCCUUUUUAUUGGCCGGGCCUCAGACCUGCCUACUAGCAGAACUGUUAGCAGAAUAAUUUGCUCUUCUCCUUCUUCCUGCCCUGCGAAAGAAGGUCUUCAUUCACCAUGUCAUGUUUGUCAUACUUGUCAUACAGUCGAUUAAACAGCCCUCCAUUUUAUGCA